AUGUUCCCAAGGAAAGCGAGCGUGCUCGUCUCACUGGGCCUUGUCCUCCUCUCGGCGCUCCUCAUUCACGUUGAGGCGCGCAAACUAACGGCCCCGGAGCUCGAGCAUCACCAUAGACACCGGCACAGGCACGAUCUUCUGAGCCACCACUGGCCCGAGGCCGUAUCCAAGUGGCGGGCUGGUCCCAUAGACCCCAACGGCAGUCACGGCCACGAGGACGAUUACGAGCUCGGGGUCGCUCGGCCCGGCGACCUCGAUUACGAGGAGUAUGCCGACUACGAGGAGGCUCUCCAGAGGCGUCCCGGCUGGCUCUACUCCUCGAACCGCAAUGCCGCCAAGCACCGCAGAUACGAGCCCUGGUAUCGCUAUCGUGUGCCCUACCAUCCGCUCGGUGCUCGGGGCUACGACCCGCGCAUCCGCCACAGGACCAACUCACGUGUGAUGCAGCGCAAGCAGUACAAGGAGGAGCGCGAGGAGAUGGAAGACGAGGUGGACGAGGGAGGCUACGACGAUAAGGUGCUGACGGGAGGUGUAGAUGGGAUCGUGGCCGAGAGCGCGGAGAACGAGGCCGACCUCGGUCUCGAGGGGGCAAAGGGCGUUGGUAGGCUCGGCCCGCUUGGCCCGAGCGGAUACCACCCGGGCAAAUACAAGAGCGUGCCACGAAAGAGGAUAACGUCCCACUACUCGCUCAACUUUGGCGAGUCCAAGGGCGCUCGGAGGCCCAAGUACGGGCCCUGGAAGAUGGACUGGCGCGUCAAGACCGAGGGAACGGACGACAAGGACGGGGAGCAUACGCGUAGGCACGCGCCCAGGAAGGGUAGGCAGCGCUUGGAAGAGUCGAGUUCCGGUCGGCAUGUCGUGAGCGCCGUUGCUGGAAAGCCCGAGGAAUCUUCGAGGAAGACCGGUCGAGUUCAAGAGGACGAGGAGGAGGAGGCGAUCGAUGCCGAUUUUUGGGCCGCUGACGUGAGCGAGGAUCGGGAACUGGACAAUGACUUCUAUAAGAACGACGAAGCGGCGAGUCCUCCUCUGAGGACCUACGACGACAUAAUACGAAGGCUGACGGAGGACGUCGCGACAACGACGACCCCGGCGAGCUCGACGUCAUGGAAGCCGACAACGCAGGUGGUGAAACGCGAUUAUCGCAACACGGAGAUCGAAAGGCACUUGCGCCGCGACGAUUAUGGCAACUUAAGACUCUACGAGAGCAAAAAGGACGGGGUUUCGAGUCUGUCGCGGCACGGCGCACCUCCAGGCCCGAGGAACUCGAACCUCGUCGAAGGCCCGCUGACAGGAUCGAAGAAGAGGGGCCCCGCUACGAAGCGAGGGAAGGCCGCGAUGGAGGUGGCGGUGGACGAGGAGGUGGUGGAGGAGGAGGUGGAGGAGGUGGAGGAAGAGGAAGACAGAGUCAAGGGAAGAGGUGAUGGGGAGUCGGGCACCCAGGCGGACGCUAAUACGGAUUACGCGGACGACGAGAACGAGGACGAGAACGGGAGCUCGAACAAAACGACGGCCAAUUCCAUCGGUACGGCAUCGCGCACAACGCCGAGCACAACGACAACCACGACUACGACGACGACGUCAACGACGACGUCGACGACUGCCCGGGCCCCCGUAGCCAAUAACCACUUUGAGCGCAAGGAGCCGAGAAGCUACGACAACUACUCCAACGGCUAUCAGUCCAAGAGCGAGUACCCGGCGAUGUCCGCUCACAGCGCCCUAAAGUGGCAAUACCUGGGAACGCGGGAGACUGUAAAGGAGACUCGCAACAGCAUGACGCCCUUCGCCAGAAACAGCAAGUCGGCGGAGAUGAACUUAGCGCACAGUCACGCAUUGCGCGUCGCAAAGGAGGGCAGCUGCCAGUGGCCGCGUGCGCGGGUCAUCCCCGUGCGCGACGUCUACCCCAACUCCACGGCCACCUACAUUCCCCACUGCGCGAUCCUGCACAGAUGCUCGGACGACACUGGUUGCUGCAGGUCGGAGACGCUCACCUGCGAGGCCAAACACAGCCAACGGGUCGAGCUUUACUUUUACGUAAGUAGAAGUGUGACGAACAUACACGCUCAGACACGCACAUUAUACUUGAGGAGCCUGCGCAGCUUGACCAUAGGAUGGCUUUGGCCAUGGGAUUUGCCGAUGGCAUUGAUGCUCGAUCUACUAAAUCUGCGAUAA